AUGAUGUUUGACGGCCUUUCCGAAUCGGGAUUUGCCGCGGCCAUCGGUGCUGGUUCUCUGUUGCCAUGCGACGGAGUAACCAAGAAGAAGAACAAUGUAAUCAAAGUCAAGUUCACGGAAGAGGAGGAUCUUAAGCUUCAACAAUUAGUAAUGAGAUAUGGAGCUAAAGACUGGAUCCGCAUCAGCCAAUUGAUGAUCACCAGGAACCCUCGUCAGUGCCGUGAGCGCUGGAACAACUACAUAAACCCUGCUCUUCGGACAGACCCUUGGUCUCCCGAGGAAGAUAUGCUUCUUGAUCAGAAGUAUGCAGAGUACGGUCCUAAGUGGAACAAGAUUUCAAAGUUCUUAAAGAAUCGUUCUGACAAUAAUAUUAGAAAUCGCUGGAUGAUGAUUGCUCGCCACAGAGCUAAACAUCAGAAAUCACCGAUUUCACCACCUCCAACCCAAAGAGUCGAAUAUACAACUCCUGUUGUAAUGCCAGUUGUGAAGGAGAUCAGGGUUGCCGAAACGCGGCCGCUCGAGAAUCCCUUCGAAUCACUGACUGUCCAGGAGUCAUCAUUCGCCUCUGUCGAUACUGAUUAUAAUCAGUUCGAUCUUUGGAACGAUUUUUCAUUCUUCUAA